CGCUUUUGGUACUUCGAAAGGUUAUCACAGCCAAGCUUGGUCGUUGAUGGUUGUUCUAUUACUAUCUUCGUAUUCUGUGGAAGGCGUUGCCGCAGCGCAAGUUUGCACUACAAACUCUGAUGGUACAACCGUUUGUCACGAUAAACUUUCAGGAGGCGCCAUCGCUGCGAUCGUCAUUACAAUACGUGAGUUUCUUGGUCUGAUAUGUAUUUUAAAUCUCUCAAAUCAAUAAUAGUUCUCGUCCUACUGCUCUGUGCUGCAAUAUAUUACUUCCUUAGACGGACCCGGAGACUGACUUCACAUGCUCCAACUUGGGUGAUCCCGCCUCUGGCAUUCAGCUCCCAUGGCCGCCGGCGCGAUGAGGAGGAAGGUGAUGACGAUUCCGACGACGACAAAUAUCUAUCCGUGGAAAAGAAUCAAAUACAGGGCCCUACCUGGGAGGCUAGAUAUGAUCCGUCUUCUGCGCCUCUGCCAGGCAAAGGUAGCAGUUCCAGCUCAUGGAGCUCCAGAUUGCGUAGUAUCAAGUCUGGGUCACGUUCUGGGUCCGAGUAUGGAAGCUACGACUACGCCCCAGCCAGUGCUCCUGGUCAUGGUCGGUCCAGCAAUAGUCGAGGUUCAUCAUCUAUCAAGAAACCAAGGAGUGCGGGCGCGGAGCCGUCGAUGAAGUCAAGCCCAAUGUCUAAAGGAAAAGUACACUGGGGCAGUUUGAUUCAUGGGUCGCAAUCGAAGAAUGGCUCGAGGAGUGCUGGACCCAGCAGUCACGGUAUCCAACAAUUAUCUGCACCAGUGAAACCAGCUAGAUCGAGGCCAUCUCCCGGAUUGCAUAUCAUUGCUGAAGGCCCCGGAGGGUUCUAUGUGAAUAUCACUUCCUUCGCGUCUGAUACGUUUGACUCAUCAUCUCUCUAGAAUGCACCUGUUAUCCCUCCUAUUACCCCGCAUACUCCUCGAACCCCCUCAAGGCUAGGAACGGCGCCCCCGCUUAGUGCAGGGCCCGGUUUCUCUUCUGCACCCAUACCUCCAAGAACUCCACGUACUGCCGGCGCUACUACUCCACUAACACCAAGGCCUUUGCCUGCCUAUUCACCGGUGACGCCCCGCGGACAUAUGGGUGCGAUAUAAGCAGGGCAUUGAUUCUGAAAAGGGAUUCGGAAAUAAAUAGAUAGUUUAUUAUUUAUUUUAUCUUCGAAGUUAUGUACCUGCUAGGCGCAUCCAGGGGCUGAAGUGCUGAUAA